ACAUCAACAAUCAAAUCGACGUUGCUGGCAUCGCCUACAUCCACAAAUAACAACAGGAUUCAAACAGCAGCCGACAUGCGAUAUCUGCAUGAGCUAAAUGUGCAAAUAUCGCAGAAGCGUCGAUCGGUCAGCGUGUCGAAGCAAAUGGACCGAGACCUUUGCAAUCAACACUUCGACACAUUCCAAACAUUUUGGGGACGGCCUGGCCAUGGCGCGCCGGCUGGUGAUAAGAUCAAUAAGCUAAAGUUGGAUGACUUACUCUAUGGCACUCCAGAGACAUCCUAAGAUAUCAUUCAGGUAUUCGACUCUGUUGAAGUGAAUUUUGCCAACUUGCCAUGUUUGUAAGUUGUACAAAGUUUUAUAUUCACAGAUUGUUUUAAUUGGAAGCCAUUGUCUAACUACACUUAGAUCUUGUAAGCAUUUACUUUGAUUUUAUAUAAGUAUAUACGAAUAUAACAAAAUUAUGUUCAGAUAUGUGCAAAUUUAAAA